GAACGAGAAUUAUACUAUGAAAUGGUACGUAAUUAAAAGCACUACAAUUUAUUGUGGUUAGAAGUAACACACGACUUAUCUGUUGUAAUAUUAAAUUUGUCCAAGACGAGUGAUAAGGUUGUGUGCGCGUGGCUACUUCGUGCUUCUUAUCAACUUGUUUGUUUUCUUGUCUUGGACUGAACUUCGAAUGACCUCGCUCGACCUCCUAGUUCCCCAGUGCGCUUAUCAUUAUCAGCACGAAUAAAAUGAGACGGCGGAAGGUAUUUCAUUUAAUUCAUCAGAUAUCGUGGCGCGAUCACAUACUGUUCUCGAGUUUCUCUCAGUAAUCGUUUUUGUAAUUUGUUGUCGUUGUACGCAAAUAAAUCUGAUAUAAUUUCUUGAAUACUUUCGGGUUUCGUUUUUGUGAGUAAUUGUGUAGUGAUUUUUUUGUACAUCCUGCAUUCAAGAAGAGGAAUGCCAAGUGACUGUCGAGACUGUUUGGGAAUUCGUUUUCGAAUUAAUACCCUGCACCAAACGUGGAAGUGGCUGCAUCAGACAAUCGCACUUCACGAAUAUUUGAUCUCCCUCUCGUCGGCUGAUACUGACGCCUGUUGCUCUAAGCACUAGGUUAUAACAUUCUAUGGACAAUUUGAACUGUUAUUAGUCAAUUUAUUUAGGUAAAUAGUAACAAUUAAGUAAUUAACUUUUAAUAAAGUGUGGUUAUAAAGUUCAUACAGAAAAGUAUCCGUUUAAGAACUCAUUAUCAUCUAAUUCCUAAAACAAAUAUAACAUUAAAGAUGGCUCAGUCAAUGAUGAAGAAGAUAGUCGCUAGCAGUGCCUGCCUUGUGGUGGGUAUCACAAGAAGAACCAGCUCUCGCAGCUUGGUAACAGCAAGCAAGAACCUGAAUGCAAAGAAGGAACGCGACUUACCGGCUGAGGGGGAGAUCACCAAGUCUGUGUUUAUGUCCCAAUCAACGGACAUAUUUACUAAUCUGGCUCUGGAAGACUGGAUGUACCGUAACAUGGAUUUCACUAACCAUCAUGUUAUGAUGGUCUGGCGUAAUGAACCUUGUGUUGUAAUUGGAAGACAUCAGAAUCCAUGGUUGGAAGCUAACAUCCCACUCCUGAAUGAGAGGGAAAUAGCUCUUGCAAGACGCAACAGCGGUGGUGGUACUGUGUACCAUGACCGCGGCAACCUAAACAUCACUUUCUUCACCCCACGGGAGAGAUAUGACAGGAAAUACAACUUGGAGCUGAUCAAGAGAGCACUCUUUAGGGGUUUUGGAAUCAAGUCUAUCAUCAAUGAACGCCAAGAUAUGAUUGUUCGAGAUAAAUACAAAGUAUCUGGAACAGCUGCCAAGCUUGGCCGUUUGACAGGAUAUCACCACUGCACACUUCUAGUCAAUGCCAAUAAGGCAGAUCUCAGCAGAGCCCUUGCUAAACGUGAGCAUGGCAUACAGACUCAGGCGACUGCAUCCACGCGCUCUGAAGUUGCCAACCUGUCCGAGAUGGACAACCGCAUUACCGUGGACAGCCUCCAGACUGCCGUCGGGUACGAGUUCCUGCGCACAGCUGCCUUGAGCCUGCAAGAUGGGGGUACCUCACAGAUCUCCAAGCAACGAGGCUUCCAAUACAUUAAUCCUACUGAUGACUGGUUCCCAGGUCUUGCGGAUAUCAAAAACGAGCUUCAGUCCUGGGACUGGAACUUCGGUAAAACACCGGUGUUCACAGUGAGUCGCACCUUCCCUGUGCCGGCGGAGUUGCUGGCUCCGUCCAAGGUUUACUCUGCGACACAAGAGCUGGUUAUCAGCAUGUCGGUGGAGAAGGGUCUCAUCGAAGACGUCACUCUUAACAUCCCUCCAGGUCUCGUGGAAUCUGGAUUCCACGGGGAAGCGUCCGUCAUCACUCAUCUUAAAGGAAAGAGGUUCACCUCUGAAGCCCUCAACGCUUUGCAAGACGCUAUGCUAACACGUCACGUGGGUAAUGACGUCAGAAAGUUGGACGAUAAGGAACAGUUUGUCGCAAAGUGCUUUGACCAAGUAGUCAACACUGUGUAAGUCUCAGAAUAUGUACAUUGAACAUUGUAGGUGCUAUUAGUACGUUAGAUUAAGUGCCGUUAUAAGAAAUACUGUGA